AUGCAUUGGGAUACUGACUCUUCUCCAUUUCGGGCUGAGGCUAAAACAGAUCGCUCUUCUAGUAACGAAAAGGUAGUAGAUAAUAAAGUCGUUCUCGAGACUAACUCCAUGUAUCAACAGAGAGCCGUUCUCUUGGCUAUCGCUAGGUUAUUGCAGUUACAACCUAAAAAAACCAACACGUUGUUGACGGGACUGGGAGGGCAGGUGAAAACUUCCAUCACCCAAUCUGUAAAUUUUACAAUCAAACUUUACUUCGAGUCUCCUUAUGCAUUGGAAGUUGGUGCUCUCGUUAUAAAAAGGGUUUCGUCUUACAGUCCUCUAGCGUCUUCUAAAAAAUUACGGCUAGAGUAUCUUGAAGGGCUCCAAUUGGCUGAUCCCAAUUUUUCCUCAAAUGAUCCUGUCGACUUGCUUCUCGAUGCAGCCGCCUAUGCUUCAAUAAUUGAGGGACCUAUUAUUAAGCAAGAUACCAAUAGUCCAAUUGCGGUGAAAUCUUCUCUAGGUUGGCUCCUAUCUGUUCAAAUUAGCAGUUUACACAGAUCAAAACCCGAGCAACUGGUCUCAUUACAGGUUUGUGAGGAACCUAACCUCGAAGAAUUGUUGCAAAAAUUCUGGAAGAUCGAGGAGCUCCCUAGCUGCAAAAUUCUCUCAGAAGACGAGCAAUCAUGCGAACAAUUAUUCCGUGAUAACUACACUCGAAUUUAUUCUAGACGUUUCUCUGUAGCGCUCCCUUUUAAGUGUUUGACUGAUUCCCUGAUCGCUUCUCGAGUAGAAUCAUUUCAAUUGGCAAGAUCCAUGUUCCUACGACUUGAGUCUAGGUUUAAACGUAACCCGGGGUUGUUCGAGUUGUAUCGCGACUUUGUGCAAGAAUAUAUUGCCUUAAACCACAUGAGUUUAGCUGACCCUAGUACUUCGAUAUGGUAUCUCCCUCAUCAUGGGGUGUUGCGCGAGUCGUGUUCUACUACAAAAUUGCGUGUAGUGUUUAACGGCUUUGUGACGACUAAAUCUGGAACCUCACUAAACUCCUGUCUUUACUCAGGACAAAAUCUCUUACCCACCCUAUUUGAUCUCAUAAUGCGGUGGAGGUUGUAUCGGCUGGUCUUUACCGCUGAUGCGGAAAAAAUGUUUAGACAAGUAAACCUUAAUCCACCUGACUUACCUUUUCAAGCGAUACUCUGGAAAGAGAAUCCUUUAGACCCGCUUUUAACCUAUUACUUAAUGACUGUGACGUAUGGUCUAGUUUCCUCACCAUUUCUACCUUCACGAGUACUAAAGAAGUUAGCUACUCUGUAUCAUGAAACUUUUCCUCUUGGAGCUGUCAUAUUGAGAAACGAAGUCUAUAUGGAUGAUUUCAUUGCUGGAGCCCACUCAGUCACUGACGAGAAGCAAAAAAUAAGCCAAUUGAUAGAGCUGACUAAGUUAGGUGGCUUUACUUUGCGCAAAUGGUCAGGUAACUCGAGAGAAGUGUUAUCAGAAAUUCCUGAAGAACUGCGAUCUUCUAACCUCUUGAAAGUAGCUGAAAACGGUGAAGCAACGUCGGUUCUUGGAUUGAAUUGGGAUCCAGAACUUGACUGUUUUGCGUUUAAGCUAGCCAAGUUUUUCGAUCCACUGGGUUGGAUUCAUCCAGUGUUGAUCAAAGCAAAAAUUCUUAUGCAAGAAUUAGGGCUGUUAAAAUUAUCAUGGGAUGACCCACUGCCUCCUGAUCUUCUUAAGGGAUGGCGUGACUGGUUAAAUGGUACCAAGGCUCUGAAUGAAAUUAAAAUUCCCUGUUGGAAUCAAUUUCAGCCCAAGAAUUCAAGGUUGGAAAUCCAUGGCUUUGCGGAUGCAUCAAAACGAGCUUAUGCAGCCGUACUCUAUUUACGAGUGGUCACGGAUAAUAAAGUUUCCAUCUCACUAGAGAUCGCUAAGACCAAGGUUGCGCCACUUAAAACUCUAAGCAUUCCGCGGUUAGAACUUUGUGGUGCACACUUGCUCUCUAAGAUGGUUAACCAUUAUAUUUCCACUACUAAGAUCCUAUCGUCUCAAAUCCAUUUAAAUACGGAUUCUAUAGAUACUUUGUGCUGGAUUCGUUCAGUACCCUCGAAGUGGCCAACCUUUAUUGCCAACAGAUGUUCCGAUAUUCAAACGUUGAACCCUACUGCUGUUUGGCAUCAUGUCAAAACUAAACAGAAUCCAGCGGAUAUCGCUUCUCGUGGUGUGAUUCCUCAUCAGUUGAUCAAUCACAGUUUAUGGUUUGAAGGGGCGAAGUUUCUGAAAGAUCGGGAAAUAAUAUUCUCUGAAAUUUCACCAAAAAAUCUGUCGAUGAAGGAAAUCCCAAGCGAGCAAGUAGUCAUUACUAUUUCCUCUGAGAGCUCUGAAAAGGACACGCUUGAUGUAUACCUUGCUUAUAGCAGUUGGCACAAGUUGCUUGUUGUCAUUGGUUAUUGCUUAAGAUUUAUUUUUAGACUAAUGAACAGGUGUCGUUUCACUUCCAGUAGGAUAAAAAGGUCUAGCACUGCGGGAACUGAAGUCUUGUCGACUCAAGACUCCCCCUUUCUAAACUUAUCUGAUGCUUUAGGAACGGAAACUAAUCGUUUAAGGUUGUCCGAACUCAGUAAUGCUCGUUUGGUGUUAAUCAGAAUACAUCAAAAAAAGCAUUUUCUCAAGGAAUACAACGUUCUUUCUAAAGAUCGGUCGUUAACCGAGUCGGAGCGUAGCUUUAUAGGAAGGCACAGAAUGCUGAAAAAACUGAACCCCGUGUUAGCUGAUGGUAUCAUAAGAGUUGGGGGUCGAAUUAGUCAAGCUUUAAUACCCAACGAAGCUAAGCACCCAAUCAUCUUAGCUCCCAAUGAUCAUCUAACUAGGUUAAUCAUCGAUUAUCAUCAUAAUCUGAUGUUACAUAGAGGAGCUCAGAUUACUUUGACGUCCAUCCGACGGUCAUAUUGGAUAGUGCGAGGAAGGCAGAUAGUGAAAAAUUCAAUUUUGUUCCCUCUGCAUUUGCUAUUCUGCCAGACUGCAGACUCCUAUGAUGGGUGA